CAGAUUUAGUUUUGUUCUGGAGUGAUCAGGAGGUCAUUUUGUUAAAUCUUAAAUAAAUUGAUGAUGUUGUUUUAUGACUAAAGCAUUAUACUUCUUCGGGUAGUAUAUGAAAUAAAAUAUUAAUUCCAAAUUAUAGAUAAAACCUCUCUAAAACUGAAAUGGAAAAGUGGAAAUUACUUUUUUUAGGAAUUACAUUCGUUUUGAAAUAUGUUUGCUCGGACGCUGACCAACCAUUCAUUCGAAAGCAAGGAAAAUCUGAUCAUAUAGGAAAAGCCUUAGUCUUUUCUGGGCUAUUUGCAAAGUUAGAUCACUGUAAAUGGUUUCAUCCCUGUAUAUGUAGAGACGAAAGCUCGUACACGAAUUCUGUAUAUCAACUGAUGGUGAACUGCACAAAUGCUGGUCUUAAAUCUGUGCCGGAAAAUAUUCCAGUUACCACAACAGUGUUAACAUUGAACGAAAACCGAAUCGAGGACAUAAAACCAGGUGCGUUUAAGGAGUUAAUUAAUCUAAAAUACCUUGACAUUUCUAAAAACCGACUAACACAAAUCAGAGAUGGUGUAUUUACAGGGCUUGCAAAUCUGCAUACACUUGAAAUGAGUGGAAAUCAAGUACGUUACAACAGUAGGUGUAUACCGAAUAACGUAUUCAAACCCCUAGAGAAACUCGCACGUUUGAGUCUCAAGCAGAACCUGGCGGAUAUUGACAUUAAUGAGACAUAUCCUAUUGACGCUUUGAAAAAACUCACAAACUUAACACAACUUCUAAUGGACGGACUAAAGGUUGAAAAGUUCGAUCAACCAUUCGCUUCAUUAAACAGCGUAGAAUCACUCGACCUAGGUAGCAAUAUUGGUAGAUGCAAACUGGAUACAAUACGUGCAGAUAUGUUUAAAAAUGCAAAUAAUAUCACAAUCUUGAAGUUAAGUUACUGCAACGUUCAAUAUGUUGAAUCCGGCAGCUUUUCAAAAAUGAAACGCCUGAGUACCCUUGAUUUGUCUCACAACGAGCUUUUACAUUUUAAAAGUUUACCAAACAUAACUUCUGGGUUAAAGUCACAUAAAAUGAAGGAGUUAAAACUUGCUAAAAUCCACCAAACAUUUGGCGAUUGUACUAGACUUGAGCAGAAACAUUUAUCACACCUACAAUACAUGACUAUAGAAAGCAUAAAUCUUGAUACAAAUAGACUAGCGUAUAUCGAAAAGAACGCAGUUGAUUGUAUUCCACCAUCUAUUAAAACAUUGUCUUUGACAGGCAACAUGCUCCUUGCUGGUGAAUAUGUGGAGAGAAUAUUACAUAGUCAAGUGUUUGUAAAUCUUCAAUAUCUCACAUUAGCAGAGCUUAACUUGAAUUUUGACCCUAUGAAAUUUUUCAGCGACAGAACGAAAGAAAUGAUUGAGUCAAUGCGAGAGAAAAAUGACAGAAAAUCUAGUGAACAAGACAGUUUAACGGCAAGCGCAAGUGGUUUACAUAACGAAAAUAUAAACAAUAGUGUCCAUUUGCAACAAAAACAGUUCUGUGCAAACUGCUUGGAGAAAGGUUUGAAUUAUGAAACAAUUUUAUCCUUUCCACAAUCUCUAACGGAUUUAGACUUAAGUGGUUUACGUAUUAGAAACAUUCUUAGAAAUAUUUGUAUAUGUGAACCUAAUUCUCUCAUAAGAAUGAAUUUGGAAAGAAAUUUAUUUUGGAAAUGGCAAGGUCCUCUUGUCGGUUUAUCUAAUCUACUUAAUUUAAACCUUGCAUGGAACUCGUGUGAUUCAUUGACCGUAGACGUAUUUGACCAACUAAGAAGUUUGAUAUCAUUAAACCUUACAAGGAAUUUCAUUGAGAAAUUUUUACGGGAAGAUACGGAAGGGCGUAUAUUCAGAAAGCUAAAGAAUCUUCAAUUCAUGUUGCUUUCUGAUAAUAAAAUACGUUACCUUCCCCUUAAGAUAUUCAGUGGUCUGGCAUCAUUACGAGGACUCGAUUUAUCCAAUAACUUUUUGACAAGAUUUGACGUUAUGCUUUGUCACGCAGCUCCAUUGCAAGUCUUAAAUUUAAAUGACAAUUUACUGGAUUAUAUAGGAAAAAAUAUUCGUGAUAAAAUGGACAGCGUUGGCACUGUAAACUAUGCCUAUCAGUAUAAUUAUAUGGAUCUUUCGGACAACAAGCUUUCGUGUACUUGCAAAACCAUUGAUUUUGUUCAUUGGUUGUCCGUUUCAAAGGUUCAGUUCAUGCAAUUCGACGACUACAUUUGCAAAGAUAAAAAUGGAGAAAUAAAAAAGUUAAAGUUUGCAGCGGAAAUAACAUUGGAAUUAGAUAAAGAGUGUGCUAAUUAUAUCACGUUGAUAAUAUGUCUUAGCAUUGGUUUUGUUGUGUGCUUAGUUGUAAUAAUUCAUGGAAUUAUGUAUAGAUAUAGAUGGGACCUGCGAUACUUCUACUACUCAUUUAAACUUAAAAUGAAAGGAAGCAAUCAUCUCCUUAAACACGAGGGUGAUGUCAACGACUACGAAUAUGAUGCGUUUGUUUCGUAUGCAAAUGAAAACGGAAAUUUUGUGAAAAACGACCUUGUGCCUGAGCUCGAAGACAAACGUGGCUUGCGACUGUUAGUUCACGAUCGGGAUUUCCGUGCUGGGGAGUUCGUAUGUGACAACAUUAUGAGUGCAAUUACAACAUCAAAAAAGACGCUGAUAAUAAUGAGUAAACAUUUCCUGAAAAGUGACUGGUGUAUAUUUGAAAUGAACAUGGCGAGGAUGGAGACAAUCAAAACUGGGCGAAAUGUUCUAUGUGUAAUCAUGCUGGAGGAAGUUCCUAGCAAAGGUUUGCCUUUAGAGAUCCUAGAUAUUGUGCGUCAACAAACUUACAUGGAAGUUCCGUUAAACGAUGAACACAUGGAUUUAUUCUGGGACAGAGUUCACGCUGCAAUGAUAGAAGAUUGCGAGAGACUUUAUUCGUCAUAUAAGGACAGGUUUAUCUCCGUAAAAUGUGCAAUUUUGUGUUAUAUCAAGAAAGAAUCUAAGAAAAUUGUGUUUACCAUUUUACAAAAAAAAACAUGUUUAAAAGAGUAUUUUCGUUUAGUUUAUGAAAUCAUGGCAUUACUAACCACGACAUUUGUGUUUGCGCUCUUACUCGUUUGUGUGAGAUGGAAUUUGAUAAAAGGAACACAACAGCGGCAGUAUUGUUAUCGAGAAAAAUCAACAACGUUAAAGUGCAAUUACAUUCCGAGAGACAUUCCUUUCGGAAUUGAUUCAGUGCGUCUCAUGGAUUUUAAAAAACUAAAAGAAAUAUUUAUAGUGAACAGUACACAGUUUCAAUCAGAAAAUUGGGGAAGGUUAAAAUCAUUUGAGAUAUCCUACAGUGGUGACGAAUCCAUUGUUACUGUUAUAUUUAAAACAGGCUGUUUUAAAGGUUUAAAACACCUUCGUGAGUUACACAUUCACCUCGUACCUAUCUUUAUUCUUGAAGGGCAAGUCUUUGAGGGGCUUAACUCGCUGAAACUGCUGGACCUUAGCGGAUGUCUUCGGAUGUCUAUCGGAGUAUUAUUGCCAGGUCUAACAGGACAUGGAAUAUUACCUCAAUUAGAAAACUUAAAGCUAGCAGCGAUGAAUAAUUAUAGAAAACCAGUUGUUAUUAACGAUAAAUUUGCUCAAUCAAUAGGUGACAAGAAUAUUACUUCCCUAGAUUUGAGUUAUGUACGUAUUGAAGAAAUAAAUGCAACGGCUCUCGUUAAUUCUGUUAAGACUCUGAAAAACGUGAACGUGUCUUUUUCUUUUAUUACUACGUGUUACACGGACAAAAACAGUACUAUUAAUAAAUUCGACCAGCUCAAUGUUUUGGAUAUUUAUCAUCUCUCUUAUUUCAGAGUAAUUCCACCCUCGAAGAUGUUAAAUAAGUCGUGGAAUACUUCGGACUUUAAAACCUUUUGGGUUUCUCUCAUUGCUCCAAAAGUUGUAAACAUCAGCGGUUUGUUGCAAUAUCCGUCCUCAAUUUGGAUAAGUAAUAGCACAUUAAACAUCAAUUCACAAUUUAAAAUGAGAAGUGAGGAAUUCAUAGGCACACACAAUAAUUUAAAACAUCUAGACCUGGUGUUACAGUGCAACGGUUUCUCAGCAGUAACGAUAAAACAUAUCGAUUUGUCAGAAAAUGGGCUAGACUUCAUACACCCUAGUUUGUUAUCAUGUUCACCUAACCUCCAACACUUAGAUCUGUCCAAUAAUCAGCUUUUCAAAAUGGUAUCAACACACAGUAAAUUAUUUCAGCAGCUACUGAUUUCUAUUCAACGUCUAAAAGUAAUCAAAUUUUCGUCAAACUUUUUCAAAGAUAUUCCUCGUGAUGUGUUUAUCAAGAAUAAUAAACUGGAAGAAAUAGAUUUAUCAUACAAUGAACUCGGCCAGGUGACUUUUGCUCUUUAUCAGCUUGGAAAUCUCAAAGUUCUCAAUCUCCGCGAUAAUAAAAUUAAGAUUUUGUCAGAGAGUUCUAUGCAUAACAUAAACUCUAUAAGCACAAAGUCGCCAUACUUCAAAAGCAAGAAAGCGGCCGUGUAUCUGGACAAUAAUCCAAUUUCAUGUUCUGAAUGUAAAGCUAAAGAGUUUUUACAGUGGCUUACAAGUACAAAAUCUGUAAAUGUUCUUACGCCAAAACUCACGUGCGUGAAUGAAAAGGGCUUAACACGGAAUAUAAAUGAUAAAGCAUUACAACUUGUAAUGGAGAUAUGUAAGAAGAGAAUAGUGAUCGUGACUACAGCCGUGUCUGUAGUUGUUGCAGCUGUCCUAAUCAUGUUGGUGGUGGUGACAAUACACAAAUGCCGAAAGCGUGCUGUGAAGAAAGCAAACAAAAGAACACUUCUACAAAACCUUCAAGAAGGUCACGGCGAGUUUGAAUUCGUUACAUUCUUAUCUCAUAGUAGUGAAGACAAAGAUUUUGUCAAUGAAUACCUGGUGGAACAGUUAAAUGAAACUCUGCAACUAAUGACAGGUAUAGAUAGAAACCUAGUAUGCACGGGUGAUGACUUCCUUCGACCAGGCUUCAGAAUCCUAGACGAGAUAACAAACUGUAUUGAAAGAUCUUCGGUUUUCAUUGUGGUCGUAUCGGAUCAUUUCUGUGAGAGCAUGUAUUGUCAUCAUGAAGUGGAGAUGGCCUUUCGUCUUCACAAACCUAUUGUGCUAAUGAUCAUCGGACAAGUUAAUGAAGACUUAAUGAAACCACUGCUGAAAACAUUGUUCAAAAGCACUGUUCGGGUUCUUUGGACAAUACACAAAGAUGAGUAUGUAAUGAACAAAACAUGGGCCGAUUUUUGCCGUGCUAUGCUAGACCUUAUAGUGGAAAAUAUCAAAUAAAGCUUGUUAUAUAAUGGAAUCUGUUUACACUGGUACUUAACCCAACAAAAUAAUAAAUAAAAAAAUCCUUUAAGACUUGAAUAACCAAUAAAACAAAUAUAUGUAACAGAAACAAUGCUUCUCAUAAUCAAUUCGUUUUGCUUUAAGUGUAAAAUAUAUACCGACUUUACAUUUGACAAGGUCUGUUAAAUUGGGACAGAUCGAAAAUAAAUCAUCUGUGAUCAAAUACAGGCAAAAAGACUAUGAAAAAUGUACAUUUAUACGGCAGAAGGGGUCAAGUGUUGUGUGGUGACAGUAAUUAAAAUGGCUCCCAUACUUAUUGCAAGUGUUUUUCUAUUUGUCGUUAAUAAUCUUGUGGAGUUGACAUUUCACAAUCGGACUCAAUGACUUAUUAUGCUAUUGCACUUUUUAAUAUUGUUUCCCAGGAGUUGCCUCAUACGUAGAAAAUAAAUAUUUUCUGCAACAAUGUAGCUGCAACAACUGCCGACAUUAUCAGUGUUAUGCUUGUUGUAUUUUGAUGUAAAUAAUACGUGCUUGUAAAUUUUCUGAAUAAAAUAUGUU